AUGACAGUCAUCUUGGCGCGUUUUUCGCUGCUACUGUCCCUUGUUGCACGUCACAGCUCGGCGCUAGUGGCCGUCGAGCUCAAUGGCUGGUACCCGUGUUCGCAGAACUCCCUCGAGCGCGACUACGCUGACGAGGGCCACUCGGAUAUGUACUACAUGGAAACCGCGAGCUCCGGCGGAAGUGCGAAGCGGAGAGCUAUGGCAGUGGCAGAGGCAAAGCCGAUGGCGCAACAGGGACCGUCGCUGCCGUUCGUGCACCACUCGUUUGACCGGCUCUAUGCUCGACGUUAUCCGGAUGCCGACGCAACGCAGCGGACCACAGGGCACAAGCAGCAGCUAGCACACAGUCACAAGUCCAAGUCCAAGUCCAAGAGCUUCGAUGGACAGGUUGCAAGUGCUGCGGUUCAGUACGAGUGUGGCGAGUUUCGCGUCCCCAUGUGUUACGAUACAGUGUGCCAGAGCAACAACACGAUCGACGUGUUUGUCAAGCGCGUCGUAGCCACUGAGAAAGGCGGCGAUAACCAGAAAGCGAGAGCGCUGUGGUUGCUGCAAGGCGGUCCUGGCGCGUCGUCGACGGGCAUUGAAGACCUCAUGAAGAUCAUGUUUCGGCAGCUGGACCACCAAGUCAGUAUCUACACGUUUGACCAUCGCGGCACGGGCCGCAGUGCAAGGUUGCAGUGCCAAGCAGCACAAGCAGGAGGGUUGGGCAGUCCUGGUGGCACGUCCAUUCGACUGGACGAGCUGCCGGCCUGCAUGGACGACAUUCGGUUCCAGAUUGACAACCAGACGGCUGCGUUUUCCGUCACGAGCGCUGCGAAAGACUUGGCGGCUAUUAUUGACUAUGAACUCAGUGACCACGAUGUCUUUGUCUACGGACUCAGCUACGGCACGUACUUGGUCGAGCGACUCAUGCAUUUCACCCCUGCAAGUGUGCGGGGCUUCUCCGUGGAUGGCAUUGUGUCGGAGAGCGGCGACUCUGUGGAGAAGAGGUCAACGUUUUCCAACUGGGACUAUGACGUUGGGGUCGUAGGAGACCGGUUUCUUGCUGCCUGCCUGGCAGAUACCUUUUGCAAGGACAAGUUCCCGAACGUCACGGAUCUCUCGGUGUUUGUCCACGAGCUGUACGAUACGUUGGACGCUGCUGUCGCUGAUGGGAAACGCGGCACAAACGCUUGUGCCGACGCGCUGAACAAGAACGGCACAAAGCCCUCGUACUUGCUGCGUGCUGCUUUUGGCAAUUACCUCAUGUCCGAUGUCUCGCGAGUUGCUAUUCCGGCGGUGAUCUACCGAGCGUCUCGCUGUGCUGACCACGAUGUCGAUGCGCUGGCCAACUUUGCAGCCACGUACCUCGAUUCCUUGGAAGACAAUGGAUUCGGAGACUCCAAGCCAGAGACGCUGCUUUUCGACUCGGACAUGCUCUACUACCUGAUUGUGUUCUCCGAGAUGUGGGAAACUCCCACGCCGGACAAGGCGACGCUCAUCCAGUGGUUUGAGAACUCGACAAUGGCGUCGAAUAACUACCUGUCGCUCCCGUACUACUGCUUGUUCACGGGCAGUCGCGAACACGCGUGCCAGGAGCUCAUUCACCUCCCUGUUGCUCGGCCGCUGGUAUACGAGCGUGACGAAUACUGGAACAAGACGAGUGAAUUGCCCGAUGGCGUGACGGCGCUGCUGAUGACAGGUGGCAUGGAUCUGCAGACGCGUCGCAUGUAUGGCGAACAGGAGUACGAGCUGAUGGCCGGUGAGCGUAUGCUCGUGAACUUUGACGACGCUGGCCACUGUACGACGUUCACGACCCCAACGAAUGGUGGUGGCAUGACCUGCGGUGUCCGCAUCUUAACAUCUUACGUGAAAGAAAAUGGCGUGCUGGCAAACGUGGACACGGGCUGCAUGAACGACCUCAAACCGAUGGAGUUCGCGGACGAUCCGUACAAUGCGCACGAGUUCUUCGGCACAGACGAUCUGUACGACGAUCUCUAG